ACAGCGGUUACUGGAAAUGACAUACGGGAGGCGGUCGAAUGGCAAACAUGUUAAAAACAUGUGCUAUAGCUACGAUUCAUCCGGAAUCCACAUUUUCAUCAGAUUUAUAUAAUAACGCGAUAUAGGUCAUUUUCAUUAAUAAAGGACCGCUUAAAAGACCGCAGUGUCAAAUGGACGUCGACGGCAUCUGAAUGAACCCAGCAUAAUUUCUAGCCAACGGACUGAAAUAAAAUAUCUUUAAUGUGUUCAAGCCUGGUGGUGUGUUCAUUCCGUCUACCAGCCUUGGCGAGCAGCGGUACUACUGUAUCGGUGGACGAAAGUGAUCAGAGCGGACUCGGUUCUGUCCUUAUCCACAGCAGUAGAAGUUUAGCGCCGUGAUUUGUAUUUCCCUCCUCAUGUUACUGCAAAGAGCCAUCUCCACAUUUCCCUAAUGAAAAUUAAUCUUUGGAACGGUUCCCGGGACGUGACAGAGAUUAUGUCGAGUAAAAGUGUGGAAUGGCUUCAAGAAGAACUGGAGUCCGGGCUCGGGGUGAGCUCACUACUGCUGUUGGACUGCCGAUCUCACGAGCUUUACGAAUCGUCGCACAUUGAGUCGGCCAUCAACCUGACGAUCCCCGGUUUGAUGCUGCGGAGACUGAAGAAGGGGAAUCUACCGAUCCGGUCCAUCAUCCCCAACAACGAGGAUAAGGAGAAAUUCGUGAAGCGGUGCAAGACAGACAUGGUUCUUCUCUAUGACGAGGCCACUACGGACUGGCAGGAGACCGGGGUGGCGAGCUCUGUUCUCGGCUUGCUGUUGCAAAAGCUCCGAGAUGAAGGUUGUAAGGCUUUCUACCUGGAAGGUGGCUUCAACAAGUUCCAGACCGAGUACCCUGAGCACUGUGAGACCAACCUGGACUGUUCCUGCCCCAGCAGCUCCCCGCCGGCCUCCGUCCUGGGUCUGGGCGGGCUGAGGAUCAGCUCUGACUGUUCUGAUGGGGAGUCGUCGGACAGAGAACCGGUCAGCGCCACCGAGUCCGAGGGCAGCCCUCUCCCCAACAACCAGCCUGCCUUCCCGGUCCAGAUCUUACCGUACCUCUACCUGGGCUGUGCCAAAGACUCCACCAAUCUGGACAUCCUGGGGAAGUAUAAUAUUAAGUACAUCCUGAACGUCACACCCAACCUGCCCAACAUGUUUGAACACGACGGAGACUUCAAGUACAAACAGAUCCCCAUCUCCGAUCACUGGAGCCAAAAUCUCUCGCAGUUUUUCCCAGAGGCCAUUUCUUUCAUUGACGAAGCUCGUUCCAAAAAGUGUGGUAUCCUGGUGCACUGCCUGGCAGGGAUCAGUCGCUCGGUAACGGUAACCGUGGCCUACCUGAUGCAGAAGCUCAACCUGUCGCUCAACGACGCGUACGACUUUGUGAAACAGAAGAAGUCCAACAUCUCACCCAACUUCAACUUCAUGGGUCAGCUCUUGGAUUUUGAGAGAACAUUGGGUCUCAAUAGCCCGUGUGACAACCGUUCCUCCACCAAUGACCAACUGUUUUUCACCACGCCAACCAAUCACAACGUGUUCCAGCUCGACACGCUGGAAUCUACAUGAAGGGGUGGUGGGGGUGGGGGAGGGGGGGGGGCGGGACUUGAGCAGCCAUCUUGGAUGUGAAUGUUUUUCUCUUCUCUUCAGAGAUUGGCUGGCUUUGACAGCAUAUAGCCUGGGAUGGUGGACUGACGGUGCGUGGACAGGGACAGAUCAGAGGCCAAAUGGAAGUCUGCUUGGCUUGUAGAGCUCUGUUGGUCUCGCAGAGGGUUGACAGGAAGAGGAAGAGGAAGAAGCCCUGUCUCCUCUCCUCAGUGGUUUGGGAAGCUUGUCAUCUUGCCUUUGGAACAGCCUGUUUUUUUUGUUGUCUAAGGAAAGAGGAAGUGCUAGGAGUAGACUGAGACAUGCUACGCUGUAGAACAGAACAUAGAAGAGCAGAACAUAGAAGAGCAGAACAGAGAAGAGCAGAACAUAGAAGAGCAGAACAUAGAAGAACAGAACAUAGAAGAACAGAACAGAGAAGAACAGAACAUAGAAGAACAGAACAGAGAAGAACAGAACAGAGAAGAACAGAACAGAGAAGAACAGAACAGAGAAGAGCAGAACAGAGAAGAGCAGAACAGAGAAGAGCAGAACAGAGAAGAGCAGAACAGAGAAGAGCAGAACAGAGAAGAGCAGAACAGAGAAGAGCAGAACAGAGAAGAGCAGAACAGAGAAGAGCAGAACAGAGAAGAGCAGAACAGAGAAGAGCAGAACAGAGAAGAGCAGAACAGAGAAGAGCAGAACAGAGAAGAGCAGAACAGAGAAGAGCAGAACAGAGAAGAGCAGAACAGAGAAGAGCAGAACAGAGAAGACAGACAGAGAAGAGCAGAAGAAGAGCAGAACAGAGAAGAGCAGAACAGAGAAGAGCAGAACACAGAGUGUUGUCAUACAAAGACAGAAAACGAAUUGUGUAUCUGCUCCAGUCAUUCAUUUAUUGUUGUCCUCUUGGGAGACGACCUCGUCAACAACCUCCUGAUGAUAAUGGUGCCAAUGUGUUGCAGUGUCUGGGGGGGGUCACCUUUACGGAGGUGAUCUCACCCUACUGAAUGACGAAGAUGGUGCCAAUGUGUUGCAGUGUCUGGGGGUCAUCUUUAUGGAGGUGAUCUCACCCUACUGAAUGUAGGUUUGGAUUUUUUAAAUUUUUAUUUAAAACAAAGAUAUUUUUUAACACAAACACAAGUAUGUUCAAGUGAUGCAUAUAACAUGUACAAGUACUAAUGUAUGUCUACAUACAUUUUGUAUAUUUGUAUACAUUUAGACACAUAUGUAUGGACAUACUGUAUGUCUCCUACUACUACGAGAAUCGUACCUGUCCAAAACCAGAAACAGAAGCACUUGAACAUCGAAAGGAGACUCUAUAACUAAAGACAAAACAGACCAAGAGAAAUGUACUUUUCAUAAUAUUCUGGUUGUUUUUUGUAUAUUUUGUUGUUGUCUAUGUUUGUAACGAUGAUCUAAUGCAGUUUGCACAGUGGUGAAGCCUAUAUCACUUCUAGGCACAUAAACUAGUACUCUAGAGAAAGAUAGAUUGAAAGAGAAGGGGAGAGGGAGGAGAGAGGGAGAGACUAGCACAGAGAUGGUGUAGUGUAGAGGCAGUCCUAGGCAGAGACUAGCUCCUGCAGCUGGUCUGGCCAUGUUGUGGGCUGGGAUUGGCUGGGUGAAGCGUAUUGUUCCUUAACUGCAUAUGAAAAGAUGGGUCUGCAUCCAAAAUGGCACCAUAUUCCUUAUAUCGUGCACUACUUUUGACUAGGACCCAUAAGGCUCUGGUCAAAACUAGUGGACUACAUAGUGAAUAGGGUGCCAUUUUGGGGACGAAGUCAUGGAUCUGUUUGUCUCGGCAAAGAACCUCACUUCCUCUCCGAGAGCUUUAAAUCCUGGGUCGAUUCACCCCCCCCCCCCCCCGCAAGCCUUGGCGAUAUUAUGAAUAUUAUAUUACAUUACACUAAAUUAUUACUUGAUGAAUAAAAUAUAAGGUAAAUGAUAUAUUCUGUUAUGUUCUAUACAUGAACAAACUACUGUGUGUUGUCCAACAGUGGUAUGCAGGUGACUACCCUAGGAAGAGGUUGUGGAGGUGGGCCUGGCUACCAGUCUAUUUGUGCCAUAUCAUUUCCCUCCUUGUCUCUUGUUUGGCAUGACAAGUGGGAAUGACAGCUAGAAUGAUAUUGCACAAACAGACUGGUACCCAGGCUAUUUGGGAGUUUGUUGGAUGUUGUUUAUAUACCAGCUGGAAGUCGGGAACGACGAGAACUGUUUUUAACAGUUUAACAGUUUAACAGUUGUCUUAUAACAGGUGAUAAGCUGUAGCUGAUAACAUACAGCGGCACACAGUAUGUAGCUAGGAGGAUUUAUGACUAGGGUUGGACAUUUCCUGUACAUUUUAACAAGGUUUUCCUGGUUGGAGGAUUCCUGUGUUUCCUGUGGGGGGGGGGGGACCUGGGAAUGUUUUGGGGGAAACCUUUUCUUGUGACAUUGAUACACGAGACUGGUCAAAGAGCAGGGUUCCGCUGGCCUUAUUCUAUAACCUUAUAAUACAUCUCGUUCUAUAUUAUUGACUGUUCAAUACUCUUUGUAUCUCACUUUUAGAAAUAUCGUUGUGUAUAUAUAUAUAAAAAAAAAAUACACUUUUACAAUUUGCCCCUAAAUGCUGAUCUUGGGUCAGUUUAGCAUUUUCUCCUCUAAUGUUUAAGGUUAGGAUUCGGGUAGGGAAGGCUGAUUCUAGACCUGUACCUAGGGGAAAUGUUACCCACGGAGCGCUCUGCUUUGGGACUGAAGCUACCUUUCCUUCCUCUGGGGUGUCCAAAGUGCAGGGCUUCAUUUGGUUUGCUAGCCUGGGUCCCACAUCUGUGCGUCAUCUCGCCAAUGUAACAGAGUGAGCCUCGUAAACGUUACUCUCCAGCUAAGGCCGUGUGAGGAAGAAAUCUAUAGCGUUAGGCGAGCACAGGGAAACCUGUUACAACAACUCCAUUGUCAACCCAGACAAAUUUGUUUCCUACAAAGCAAAAAACAGACUGGCACCCAGGCUAAUACGGUGGUAGGUAGCCUAGUGGUUAGAGCGUUGGGCCAGUAACCGAAAGGUCGUUGGUUCACCCUGUCGGCUUAGGGGUUUGAACUAUCUGUCGAUGUGCCCUUGAGCGCAUUACUCCUAAUGGCUCCAGGGUCGUCGCUGUUAAUAUUGGCAGACCCUGGCCGUGACCCCACUCUCUGGGGUUGUCUCAGGGAGAGUUGGGAUAUGCAAACAAAUGUUUUUUAAAUUAAAUUCACACAUGCCUAUUAAUACACAUGUGAUAAGACAGAUAUAGGCUCUUCUUAAUAACAGCAGUUUGUUUGCGUCUCAACACCUAGCCCGGGGAGCCAGUCUGUUUGUGCUAACAUUCCACUCCUUAUCCUCUUGUGUCCUAUGUUUAGCCAUUGGAGUGGAACGAUAACACGAACAUAUCUGAGACUCGGCUACAGAGCCAGGAGACAACCUGCACUUAUAUCUGAGCGUAAUUCUGGAUCUAUCGCAGCUCAUUAAAUCCAAAUGUCUUUUCUUCUUCAACCAUUUCAGUUGUGUUUUUGAUAAUGUGCUCUAUCCUAUCAGUCUAAUUCCUGUGGCCUUUCAAUAUAUUAUAUCUUAAAGCUGAUAUGCAAAGUUAUUUUCUCCGAAAUAUAAUAUAUAGCAUUAUUAUUAUUAUUCCAGAUGAUAAUGCAUUGUUGUUUUUGUACAUAUUCUCCAUAGGACUUUAUCAGUUUGGAGUCUGAACCCAGUCACAACAAUAAGGAAAUGUGGAUCACACGUCGUCCCAAAUCGCACACUUUAUAGUGCGCUACUUCUUGACGAUGCCACCAUAGGGCUCUGGUCAAAAGUAGUGCAUUAUGUAGGGAAAUAGGGUGCCAUUUGGGACACAGAGGGUUGAAAUGUAUUUCAGUGCCCAAGUUUUUUAUUCGUUUUAUUUUUUUAAAGAGAAAAUCUUUGAUUUCAAGCUGCUUGAUGUGUUUAUGAUGAAAGAAAAACGUUUAAGUGUUUUUCUCCGUUUGUAUAUUUGACAAAACACAAGAAUAUUUGUAUUUUUUGUUGUGACAUUUUAUUGUAGCUUCUUCCUGUUUAACUAAGCAUGCGUUCCAAAUUGCACCCUAUUCCCUAUAUAUAUAGUGCACUACUUUAGACCAAGUUUCAAAACAGGUCAAAAUUUGUGCACUAUAUAGGGAAUAGGGUGCCAUUUGGGACAUAGACCUAAGAGUGUGUUGGAUCCGUGAGAUGGAGGGAGCGAGAGAGGCCAGGGAAAAGAGGAGAAGAACGGAAGUGAAUGUUUACAGCGCCUUCACAAAGUAUUCACACCCCUUGACUUUUUCCACAUUUUGUUGUGUUGCGGCCUGAAUUUAACAUUUUUAUUAAAUUAAGAUUUUGUGUUACUGGCCUACCCACAAUAAUGUCAAAGUGGAAUUAGAGAGAAGGGCACCUACUGCAGACAUUGAAUAUCCCUUUGAGCAUGGUGAAGUUAUUAAUUACACUUUGGAUGGUGUAUCAAUACACCCAGUCACUACAAAGAUACAGGUGUCCUUCCUAACUCAGUUGCCGGAGAGGAAGGAAACCACUCAGGGAUUUCACCAUGAGGCCAAUGGUGACUUUAAAACAGUUACAGAGUUUAAUGGCUGUGAUUGGAGAAAACUGAGGAUGGAUCAACAACAAUUCACUUUUUGCCCUGAACACAAAAGUGCUGGGACAAAUCCAACGCAUGGGUGAGAAUUAUUUUUUAUUUUUUUAUCCAUUGUGAAUUCAGGCUGUCACACAAGAACAUGUGAAUAAGUCAAUGGGUUUGGAUGCUUUCUGAAGGCUCUGUAUCUUACCUCACUGAGGGAAUUUUCAGGGAUUUUUUUUGACAAUGCAUCUUUCUGCAUCUUGUAACAGCUUCCUGCCCGUUCAAUAGCUGUUUCUAUGUAUGCUGUAUAUAAGACGCUGUGCAUUAAACUGUCAGCAGGGCAGUUGAUACUUCCUGAUGUCGAAGGAUGUUAAACCUAUGUAUUGUAUAGUUAUAUGGAAAACAAUGCAAGAUGUUUAUACAGCAAAUAAAUAUUGAAUUAUUUUUUCUUUAA